UUUAUGCGAGUUUGCACCGAAGCCUCCUUUGGGGCGACGGCCCCUCUUUCUUCCUGUCUGGGAAUCGUGCCGGCCAACGGUGGCCGGCCUAGUAUUUUAUAGUGUGGGCCUUUUUGGCGGUGGCUUUUUCUGUCUUUUCUUUGGUCUUUGCUGCCUCUCGGCCUACGUGGCCGAGUUUCCCCCGAUGCACCGCCUCUCUCUUCUCUCUCGGCUGUCGUUCUUUACCCCUUUAUGCGAGUUUGCACCGAAGCCUCCUUUGGGGCGACGGCCCCUCUUUCUUCCUGUCUGGGAAUCGUGCCGGCCAACGGUGGCCGGCCUAGUAUUUUAUAGUGUGGGCCUUUUUGGCGGUGGCUUUUUCUGUCUUUUCUUUGGUCUUUGCUGCCUCUCGGCCUACGUGGCCGAGUUUCCCCGAUGUACCGCCUCUCUCUUCUCUCGCCGGCUGUCGUUCUUUAGCCCUUUAUGCUAUUUUGCACAGAAGCCUCCUUUGGGGCGGUGUCCUCUGGUUUUUUUUCUCUCUCUCUCUCUCUCUCAGGGAUGCGUGCCGGCAAACAGUGGCCGGCCCGGCUUAAUGUAUGGGCCUUGUCGCCUGUGGCUUUUUUCUUUCUUUUCUUUUCUUUUCUUUUCUUUUUGCUGCCUCUCGGCCUACGUGGUCGGGUUUCCCACGAUGCACCGCCUCUCUCUUCUCUCGCCGGCUGUCGUUCUUUACCCCUUUAUGCGAUUUUGCACAGAAGCCUCCUUUGGGGCGGCGGCCCCUCUUUCUUCCUCACAGGGAAGCGUGCCGGCCAACGGUGGCACGCCUAGUAUUUCAACGUGUGGGCCUUGUCGGCCUACGUGGUCGACGUGUUUCCCACGAUGCACCGCCUCUGUCUUCUCUCGCGGCUGUCGUUCUUUACCCCUUGGUGCAAUCUUGCACAGAACCCUUCUUUGGGGCGGCGGCCUCUAUUUCUUCCACUCAGGGAAGCUUGCCGGCCAACGAUGGCCGGCCUAGUAUUUCAGUGUGUGGGCCUUGCCGGAUGUGGCUUAUUAUUUCUUUUCUUUUAUUUUCAUGAAAUCAGCGUGGGAGGAUGGGCGGGUUGUGUUUCCACAGAACACCACUCAAAGAAACAGUUAGCGGUAUCCUAUACUGUUCUAAAUUGCUCGACAACAUAAUGAUAGAAUCAUAGAAACAUGGCACCAAACAUCAUAUAAUCAUAAAGCUAGAAGAGACCAUCCAGUCCAACGCCAUUCUGCCAUGCAAAAACAAUAUACAGUAGAGUCUCACUCAUCCAACACUCGCUUAUCCAAUGUUCUGGAUUAUCCAACUUAUUUUUGUAGUCAAUGUUUUCAAUAUAUUGUGAUAUUUUGUUGCUAAAUUCGUAAUUACUACGUAAUAUUACUGCGUAUUGAACUACCUUUUCUGUCUAAUUUGCUGUUAAACAAGAUUUUUUGGGGCUUAAUUUGAAAAAUAACCUAAUUUGCUGUUCAAAAGGCUUUUCCUUAAUGUCUCCUUAUCAUCCAACAUAUUUGCUUAUCCAACGUUCUGCUGGCCCGUUAAUGUUGGAUAAGCGAGACUCUACUGUAUCCAGAAAUAUCUGGUGCUGUAACCGAUAUAUCAUUUACCGUCCCGGAAUACUAGCCAGAUGGCCCAUGAAUGGUCACAAAAGUCAUAGAAAUAUGGUCACAGAAGUCAUGGAAUAAUAGAAACAUGGUCCCUAAAGUCAUAGACUCAAAGAACCAAGUAACAGAAUCAUCCCAAAAGUCCUAGAAUCCUAAAAUGAUAGAAUCAUAGAGUCAUGGCGCCAAACAUCAUAGAAUCAUAAAGGUAGAAGAGACCAUCCAGUCCAAUGCUAUUCUGCCAUGCAAAAGCAAUAUAACACUCUUGCAGGCUUCAUCAUUACUGGAUCCGUCCUUCAGGACUUUUGCAAACGUUGGAUGUGCAAUGUUGCUAUUUCAUCCAAGGCAGAAAUUCAACUCAUUCUUGGAUGGACAAACAGAACCACAACUGCUAACGUUCCCUUAAGGCAGUGUUUCUCAACCUGUGGAUCUCCAGGUGUUUUUACCUACAAGUCCCAGAAAUCCCAGCCAUUUUACCAGCUGUUAGGAUUUCUGGGAGUUGAAGGCCAAAACAUCUGGGGACCCACAAGUCGAGAACCACUGCCUCAAGGGAGAAACUGUGGCAUUACCUCCGAAGUUAAAAAAUUGGAAAAACCAAACUCUUCCUUGAAAAGCUGUGAUUGUCUAGACAUGUGGGGGUUAAAUCUAGGGCAAAGGAGGGUAAAAAUAGAUGGGAGGGUCCAAUGUGAAAGGUUUGGAACCCCUCCCCUUAUAUAUAAAACAAAGACUCCGCCUCCAAUAUGUGGCAUUCAGUGUGUGUCCACACCAGGGUAGAAUUGGCACCAUGCUCUCCAGAUCAGCCAUGCACGUGCCACAUUAUGCCCCUUCCAUGUUCAGGGAGUUUGACAGAUGGAAGGGCUAUCUGAGCCUUGCGAAAGUGGUUACGGAGAUCAUCGCGGAACGCAAGAAGGUCCCAUUUCCAUCUCAGAGUUGGGACACAAUGGAGUACGACAUGCAGCUAGUCCUCAACGAGGACAACUUUGAAACAGCAUCACAAUGGGUUAAUGGAAGCAGUUCCAGCAGCAAGAGCUCCAAAGGUAGUGCCAAUGGCCAGGCUUCCCAAAACAAGGAGAUUUGCAAUUUCUGCAAACACAACGGGGAAUCCAAGCAGGUCUAUUCGUCCCACCGGCUGAAGGGGAUGGACGGCACCGUGGAGUGCCCCAUCUUGCGCAAAUACACCUGUCCGCUCUGCGGUGCCACGGGCGAAAAGGCCCAUACUUUAAAAUACUGCCCACUGAGCCAAGGGAAGAGGUCGCUGUAUCGCAAGUGCGGACGUAACUCGGCUGGACGCAAGGUGAGGAGAUAAGAAGAUCAGGAGAAGACCGAAGCAUUUAUUCUUAGUUUUAGUUUGACUUUGUAAAAGAACAACAUUUGAUUUCGAGCAUCAUUAACACUCUUUACAUUUCCUCCCACUUUGUUUCAGGUUUGGAGAAUGGAACCCCAAUUCUCUUAGACUACAUUUGUGAGUCCAGAAAUGUUUUUUUAUGUAUAUUGUUGCCUUCUUUCACAUUUGUUGUACCUAGGUUAAUUAUAUUGUGUUUCUUUUAGAUGUGUCAGUUGCCUAGUGUGAUGACUCAUGGGCCCUGCAGUCCUAUUCCUGACAGUAUUGUGGCAGAUGAGGAGGAAAAUAUGGAGUUUUCCCCAGAUUUCCGGUCGGAGUCAGAGCCUUGGCAGCUGCCUGAAGUUCUAGUCCAAGAACCAAUUAAACCUGACCUUGGUGGGAACUCUCCCCCUUAUGGGAGAAAACAGGCUUACACGACUGAUAGAGGAUCGAGAGAAAAAUUUAGAAGUAGUGCUCGCCUUGCUGCCAAAUAUGCCACUGAUUAGAAGUAUUUCCCCUGAGAAAAUACGGGGAGUCUUGCACCUGCAAGCUGGUUUCCUUCGCUCCCUGUUCUCUAGGGAAAGUGAUUGUUGUUUGGGGAAACGAGACCCAAUAUAGGGAAAUUGCGCGAAGGAUUCCUUGCGGAGUCAAUUCGUCAGCUCCUGGAGAGAGGUCAUGUGUGUGUGGACUUCGAAUCCUGUUCCUUGCCUCCUGAAUCUAGUUCCAAGCCUUGUCCUCGUCUCACGGAUUUACCACAGAUCUUGUUCCAUGCUUCAAGUUGCUUUGCCUUUAGCCACAGCUCCAGCCACGUUCCAAGUAACUUUCAGCCUUGUGUCAAGCUUCAUUGGAUUCAAGACUUUUUCUGUUUUCCCAACGCUUUGCUUGGCAAAGCGUGUGUUGCGGUUAUUGGAUUAUAAUCUUUGGACUCUAAUAUUUCAUAUUGGACAAUAAUCUGCUGGACUAUAUUUGGCCUCAUUUGAAAGGUCUGCUUCUGAACUUUAUUCUACACUUGUUUUUAUUGACUUUAUAUAUUCCUUUAAUAAAGAUAUUAGAUAGAAUCUGGCCUCAGUGUAUGGUUAUUGGUGCCCAGCAGCCUAGAUCCUGACACCUUGUAUCAUGCUUUUUUAUACAUAUAAUCAGGUUUUUUACAUAUGUAAUAUCACGUUCCUUUGACAUCUGUAAUUGCCUUAUAUCAUAUUUUAUAUUGUGUUUUAUAUAUGCAGUUACUUUACAUGUUUCUUUUAUGUAUGGAUGUAUAAUUUUUACAUGUUUAAUUAUAUUAUUUGCAACUAUAAUUGCCUAAUAUCAUGCUUCUUUUAUAUAUGCAAUGACAUCAUGUUUAUUUAACGUAUAUAAGUGCCUUAUAUCAUGUCCGGGUUAUCAUGUGUGUCUCCAGAGGGAUGCAGCCCUAUCCUUUGCAGGGAAAAUAUAGAAAUAUCUUCUAAAUGGCUACUGUCUAGAAUUUUGUUUUGUAAAGAAAGGAAAAGUUUAUAUGCUAUUGGAAAGAAAGAUACUAUUUUAUGUUUAAAUUUUGGAAAGGAAUAGAAUUGGUUAUUAUUACUGUGGUCUAACCUUCAAUUGUUUGCAAGUUGUUCUAAAGUUUGGAUCGUAGAGUUUAAUAAACAGAGUUUAUGGUUUUGGCA